AAUUUCCCGCGAGAUUUCGUUUUGUUGACAUAUCCGGUUCCGCUGUUUGUUUACACAUGAGACAGAAAAACAAGAUCUUGACCAUGGAAGACAACUCUGUCUGAGAAGAAAAUGAAAUGGGUUCUGGAGUUAGUGGUAUAUGUGGGUACACAGAUGUAUCACACCUCAGAUUGACUCCGACCCGUAAGAAAAAUAGAGUCUCAUCUUCCAGUAGUACCUCAAGGAGAUGCCAAAGAGACCAAGAGGAUAUUUUGGGCAAGCAAACAGAAACACAUGUGACAUUACAUGACAAAAAGUUACAGAAAGAAAAUCGUCACCAUCGGAACUCAAUCGCUGAUUCUAGUUCCGAUAAAAAUAAAAACAACGAUUCAGAUAUUGUUCAAGAUUAUAAGCAUAGGAAAAACUGUGGGAAUGGUGCUGUUGUAAAAUUAUCCAAACCUCCGUUAGUUAAACAGAAUUCAAACGUUAGUUGUAAUUCUGAAACUAUACAAUAUGAGCCUUGUGUCGAUCACCUCAUUGUGCCUCUUCAACUCGACGAAUCAAAUCAAGACAACUCCUCUGAUGACAACCAGUCUAUAAAUAGAUUGCAAUAUUCUCCACGACAUGCUCCAAAAAUUGUAUAUAGCCAGUCUGUAGAUCAUCCCCGUGUAGGUAGACUCUCCCCCUUUGGAUCCCCUUCGUCUUCACCAAGGUUAAGACGACAGCCAACGAUGGAGACUAGACGUGUGUCCGUCACUGACAAUGAUGGUUACACACAAUUAAAUCAGUAUCAACUAAAGAAUGAGAUAGGAAAGGGUUCCUAUGGAAUUGUCAAAUUAGCAUACAACGAAAAAGAUGAUGUUCAUUAUGCAAUGAAAAUACUUUCCAAAAAACGAUUGAUAAAGAAAGCUGGAUUCUACCGACGCCCCCCUCCAUCACGAGAUGGAAAACCUGUAAAUAAACCUGUGACACCUCUAGAGAAAGUAUAUCGUGAGAUCGCUAUUCUGAAGAAGUUAGAUCACCCCAAUGUUGUCAGAUUGGUAGAAGUUUUAGAUGAUCCAGAUAAAGAUAACUUAUAUAUGGCCUUUGAAUUAGUAGAAAAAGGAGAGGUUAUGGAGGUGCCUACAGAGAAGCCUUUAUCAGAAGACCAAGCUUGGUCGUACUUCAGGGAUGUCAUUUUAGGAAUAGAAUAUUUGCAUCAUCAAAAAAUCAUUCAUCGAGAUAUUAAGCCUUCAAAUCUGUUGUUAGGUGAUGAUGGUCAUCUUAAGAUAGCAGAUUUUGGUGUUAGUAAUGAAUUUACAGGAACAGAUAUAUCACUCAGUAACACUGCAGGUACCCCAGCCUUUAUGGCCCCAGAAACUUUAAGAGAAGAGAAAGAAAAUUUUAGUGGAAAGGCACUAGACAUAUGGGCCUUGGGUAUCACAUUGUACUGUUUUGUGUUUGGACAGGUUCCAUUUAAAGAUGAAUUCCCUUUAGCGCUUCACAACAAAAUAUUAAAGGACCCAGUAAAGUUCCCUACCAAUAUAAAGAUAACAGAUUCCCUAACAGAUUUGAUACAGAAGAUGUUAAAUAAGAAUCCAGACAAUAGAAUCACCUUGCCUCAGAUAAAGUUAAAUCCAUGGGUAACUAAAGGAGGAACUUGUUCCCUGCCAACAGAGGAGGAGAACUGUACACUGGUUACCAUUACUGAAGAAGAUAUAGAUAAUGUUGUUAAACAUGUGCCAAAACUAGAUACACUUAUCUUAGUGAAGAGUAUUUUGAGACAGAAAUCCUUUAAGAAUCCAUUCCACAAAGACAAUGGAGAACAUAAGAAGACAUCCAGGUCACAUUCUGCACCAGAUGCAUUUGCUCAAGUUGUUAAAAGAAAAAUGUCAGAAUCCAAGAUGGAGUCUAGUGUUGAAGAGGUGUCCUGACAGAAUUACUUCCCUUUAAUCUACUGAAUGUCUUGUCCUGAUUGGACACCAGGUUGAUGGUUGUGAUAUUUGUCUUACAAACAACUAUUGUUUUAUAUUUAAAACUUUUAUCUAGAUUUUAUAUAUCUACCAAUAUUUUAAUGUUGAACAAUUAUAGCUUUAUUGUAUUCAGUACCUUGAGGGUGUGUUAUAUUUUAUAUGAUAAUAUGUGGGGUGUACUUAAUGUAUGCAAAUUAAAAUUCUUCAUUUUGCAAUUUCAUAUUGUUGAUGCACAACUUUUCAUAUUAAAAUGUUUUUUAUACUUAUUACACACUUGUACAUAAUUUCUAAUGGGUAAAUUUUAAUCAAAUUUCAACAUUUUAUAUAACUAGAUUGUAGAGAAAGUUAUAGUUAAGUAGCACUUUUUUAUAUUUUAUACAGCAUACAAGGAUUAUAUAUGUAAAUUUAAUACAGUCUCACAAUUUAGAAUUAGCUUUUUAAUAUUUGUAUGUUAUUAAUUUCUGAUUUUAUUGCAACUUUUAUCUGGCUCUACCAGUACAUAGUGCUAGUUAAAAUUUAUUUUCCUUUUUUAAUUGCAUCUGUUCUUAUUACUGUUAUAAUAACACAUAGCUGUUGAUGCGAUAGAGCAGAUUGUUACCCAGAGAAAAUUUGUCAACCAAGGCUAAGCCAAGGAUAACAAAAUUUAUGAGGGAUAACAAUAUGUUCUAUCAACAUACUGUAAAUUCAAAAACUAUUGUGUGCAUUUAUUAUUGUGAUUUUGUCAUUUUAGACUUAAAAGCGAUUUUAUUUAUUACUAUUUUGAGAUAUAUUUUGUUGAAUGCAUAUUAAAUAUUUCAAAAUGGGAGUUUAAAUUAUUGUGUUUACAAUUCUGUCACAUUUUUCACAAUAAUAAAAACCUUGCAAUAAUUUCUGAAUUUACAGUAAUUUAUUAUACUGAAUGUGCUGUUAUUCCCCUCUAUUGAAUUGCAAGCUCAAGUGAUAAAUAAGAAUGUAUUGUAAAAGACAACCAUCAGUAGUUAAUAAAUCUUACAAUUGACCGUUUCAGAAUCAAAUGCAUCCUGGGAAAUAUUUUCAAAAGCGUACACCAAAACGUUUUGAUUGGUUUAAAACGUUACAAAUAAUGGAAAUUCAACCAAUGACAUGACGUUAUUUUCACUUUGGUGUACGAAAAAUGAAAUUACCCAUGUUGCUUUAGAUUCUGAAAAGGCCAAUUGACCAAGUGUCUCUGUGAAGGACAUUAGAGUAUGGUAUUUGCCAUGGGAUAGAGUAGAUUACCUCCCUUAUAUUAAUCAAUCAAAAACUGACAUUUUAACAUGAAUUAUAAUAACUAGGUAUUUUUGUUCAGCAUUAAAUU